CCCACACAAAUAGACACGGUGUCCUCUUAGAUGCAAUCGCUUUCGUCUAGUCUAACGGCUGCCCGCGUCCCAGGCCGAGGCCGAUCCAUAUUGGCCGAUCGUUAUCGAGCACCGCAAAUCACUUUGACGUUGAUCAAACAUUCUGUUGACCAGGAAGACGAAAGCAAAGCCAUUAGCGACUUGACAAGUGGACAAUUUGCUACGCUCGACGACGUAUUGCGACGCACAAUAUAAUUGAUGUAUGCUUAAGUCUUUAUUGUUUGUUUCCUGCUGCAGAUCAAAAAACGUUUCUCCCGCCUUCCUGAGUUCUCGGCAGCCAACACAAAAGAGCCUGUUUUGGUCCCAGCACCGUGCACCGUAGCAGUCUCCUUUGAAUACAAACCGCGAGGAUAUCACCGCCAGCUUCGCCUCGCUUUGCCAACAAAAUGAUUUCGUUCGGAGCGACUUGGCAUCUGCUGUUAUUUAUAUUGGUUCUAGUCUCCUCGGAAGAAUCUGAUAUCAUCGAAGGACUGUGCAACUGGACAGUAAGGGCUGCCGAGAGGACAAUGCCAGCCAGCGUCUCCCCCGUCCACUUCUACGCUUGCGAAAGAGGUCAGCUAACUUGGGAGGAACCGUACGGGGGGGUUCAAAUGACCUUCAAAAGUGCGGUGCCUGAGGACACUCACGGAGCUUACAAUGUGUGCAUCUCCUCGUUAAAUACUGGUUUUGAUAUUUUCACGCAAAACAAAGACAAUUUUAAGCUUUUACGGAGCUACAAAACGUUGAAUACAUCCGCGGAUAUAUGCGUCAGUUCGCAGGGGAAAAACGUUAUGAUUUACAUGGAAUCUGGUAAAAAUAUACACACUAAAAAAGCUGUGUUUACGUACAGAACAGUGUUUCUUGGAAACGGUCGAGGUUCGCGCAGGCCGAAGGAUUGUAAAAUCUGCUCGAGGAAAGAGUUGAUCAAAAGCUUUUGCAACAGUGACUUCGCUGUCCAUGGCAAUGUCAAACACAUGAGUACGGUUGGCGGGGCCAAGGAGCGUGGAGAGGUGCUUGUGGUUGUAAAGAAAGUCCUUCGCCAAACGGCGAACAUUUUCCAAUCAAAAGGUAGCUCUUCUGAAAUUCUCGGAAGCGUAAACUUCCCGCUGUAUUGCCAUUGGAAGAAACGCUCGAAGCACGGCUAUCUUUUUACGGGAAAGUUGGAACCCGGAUGGGGACCGGUCGUUCGCUGUCGGAUAAAGUUCGGAUUGUGGCGGAGGCUGUACCACAGGAAAAUUUGCAGUACAAUCGUGGCGAGAACGUAGCGCAUGCGCAGGCGGGCAAGUUGUCUCUCUGGCCGGUUUUCGGAGAGAUUGCAGUAAUUUUGGCCAUUUUGGCGGACAACACCGAAAAUUAUUUAUAUACUUUUCAGGCCUUUGCUGGGUAAAAUUAUUCGAGAUGUGAAAGCUCGUGUUAUUUUCCCCUUAUCGUUGAUAAAUGGUUAAUCCAGGGCUCGAUAAUUACAACAUACUAUUGCGGUGCAAUUAAGUGUCUUAAACACAAGGUGCGAGAAGAAAUCAUGGCGAAUUUUUGAUCAGCUGCAACAAAGCCAUGGGACCGAUUGUAUGAAACUUCAAACUAUAUAAAAUAACCGUUAGCGUCAAUAGGAAGAUGUUCAGAACUGGGCGCUUUCUCUUGGGCGGUCGAAAUGGUCAAAACGGUCAUAUUUUGAAUUGAAAUUGAGUACUUAGUUCGAAUGAAUGCAAAACUGCAUUUCCCGUGCUAGGCAGAUGUAAAUAACGAUAUAUACUUGAAUGCAGAGUUCUUGAAACACUUACAAACUCAAAAAAAUACCAGUAAUCUGUCUGUACGGUACAAUUGCACCGGUCUGGCCAUUUUUAGCGUAUAAAGGAAAACGUCUCUGGCUUCGGAUGUUAAUUCGGAAUUAUUUGAUGCUAUAUUAUGAUUAGACAAUUCUGUCACUGAAUAAUAUAGAGUUAAAAGUUACACAACUUUCUUUUUAAUAUAGAUACAGGUUAUAUACAACCAGCCCCAAGCCGUUUGUUCUUCCCGUAUAUUUUGCGUUUUAAGCAACGAAUUGUAUUGAAUAAGCCGAGCUGGAGGAUCAGUUCCAGUCCAUUUCUGUUGUUUAAGUCAGCACGGUCGACUACCGCGCCGACCACAACUAUAAAAAGGGAUUGGCACUGGUCCUCGGUAAAUUAAACCAAGGAAUCAACGGUUUUGUACAAAAACGAUGCAUUGGUAAGGUGUAACUACCUAUGUAUAUGACAGACCUGCUAUAUAAGCCUAUAUAUACAAAUAUAUAUAAUUAUAUCACCAAUUAAACAAUUAUAAAGACAAGGUUUUAAUAUCGAAAUAUAUAUA